ACUCGAUUCGUGACGUCAACAGCAACGUUUCGACGUCCAUGUUGAUUGUUUACAUCAGUUAAUCCUGACUAUACGAAAAAGAGAGGACCUAUUAGGAAUGCCCUCAUUACUCCACAAGCUAUUUAGAACACAGAGGAACCCGCUCUCAGGACAAACGUCCCCGACAGCGCCAAAUUGGAUAGACGUUUCCUACAUAGGCCUCAAAUACACAUUUGGCCUCGCUAUUUACAUCGUGUCUUGUGCUAUUGUGCAAAAGAUUUCCGGAAGCGCAUUUAUCUUAUCAAUAUGUCUGGCUACUUUACUAGCUACCCUAUUGGCAAUAAAUUUCAUCGAAAUACGAACAAGAUCAUCAUCAUUCGUUGGAACUGCUUAUGAAUAUGUCUACAGGACUAUUGGUGAACUUCCGGCCUUCAUCGUCGGCUGGUCGACGAUUCUCCAGCAUACUGCAGUUGCCUCUUUGCUGGCUCGCUCAAUUUCUCAGAAUUUUGACUUUCUAAUUGGAAGUCCGAUACUCAAUUUUACUAUUACGACCUUUCAUUCAAACGGGGAUCGUCAUUUGGGUGAUAGACCAGAUUUUCUUGCUCUCGGAAUAUUGCUCAUCGUUGGAAGUUUACUAGUUGCCGGUGUCAAACAACCUAAACUAGCUUUAUUAAUUGUUAAUUGCGCAGCCUUUCUACUUUUAACUUUCGUAUGUGUUGUUGCUUUAUUCCACUUGGAUUGGAACAUUUGGAAGAAACAUUUCUUUUUAGAUGGAUUUGGAGGAGUUUUGGAGGGAACAUCGAGCUCGAUGAUUCUUUUUGUGGGAAUAAUACCUAUGUCUUCUUCAAUAAAUCCAACACUUUCUUCCUCCAGAUCAACCUUUCCAUUAGCUCUCUUUUCAAAGCUCUUUGUCAGCUUACUAAGCUUUGGGGCUAUUGCCCUGACCUUUAGUCUCUUAGCAGAUCCUGACAUCUACUUAACUGAAACCGUCCUUCCUGAAGGAUUUGCUUUGAGGCACAUGUCUUGGAUACGAUAUAUCUUCUGUUUCCUGGCUGUAAUCUAUUGCACUAUCCUUUUAAGGAUUUACAUCCGCUUUGGUUCCAAACUUCUUACGAAAAUGUCUUCGCAUGGCCUCUGUUUCAAUAUAUUUAAGUUUCAAGAUGGGCGAACUAAUGCCUUUGUAUUUUCAACAAUCUUCAUAUGUGUAAUUGGAUGUGUGUUAACUGGUGUAUUUGAAACAAUCCACCUUAUUCAACUGGCUAGUUUUAACUUUCUGUUUUGUCAGUCAAUUUGUGUUAUUGGUCUACUGUGUCUGAAGUACUAUCCUGUUGAAAGCUUUAGCUUACCUCCAAGGCGAUUGACAACACACAAUGGAAAAAUUUAUGGUUCAGUUGAUAGCGAGACAACUCCUGAACAGAACGAAGAAGGAGAUAUAGAUAGAGUUGUCGAAGAUUACCUUACAGAGCAAAGUCAGAGAAGAUUUUGUUCUUUAGGUUUGGCGGUACACUUGUCUUCCUUUGCAUCUGCAGCUUCGUUCAAAAGAGUUGUCUUCUCGUCCGCCAUGUUUAUCAUAGUUAGUUUCGUUGGUUGUACAAUCCUAACUAUAUUCUAUAGCAAAUUAGCAGCAGGAAAUGGGUUUUUAAUUUUCACAUUAUGCGUCCUACUCUUGGUCCUCUUUGGUUUUAUGGGAACAAUAGCAACCCAAUCUCAAGCAGAGGAGGGUUUAUGCUAUAAUAGUUCGUACAUUAUAAAGGCUCCUUUGACGCCAUGGUUAAACUUAUUAACCUUAGAAUUAAUUGUCAUCCUCCUUGUACGAUUCAGGGCACUAUAUUGGAUUUUUUGCAGCGUCUGGAUACUAAUAGGCCUUAUUAUAUACGCUUUCUAUGGCUAUAGAAACAGUGAAGAAGCAUCCAGAGUUUCGAUUGUGGACGAAGAAGAACAACUGUUGCAGGCGACACCCAGCGAACCUCCAAGCGAAGUAAUUAAUAGCACAAGCGAUGACGAAGAGCUAUUAAUACCGGACGAUUGAUUAAUAAUCCAUACGUAAACGUGGACGCUCACCACUGAAAAUUCACCGUUUUUCUUUUCUCUUUUCUAUUUAAAAUAAUUUAUUUAGAUAAAAAAUUACUCUUCUAUGUUUAUCAUUCAUCUUGUUCAUCUCUCUCGGAAAUAGGCUACAACAGAUGAAGAGAUAGAAAGGAAGAAAGAAGAAAAAAAUCCAUAAAAAAGAAAAAAAGGAUAUUUUAAUACUUCGAAAUUUUUGUUCUUUUUUUGUCAAAAGAAAUCGUUAUCUAUCGUAUUCUAAGUGAUUUUUACGUAUAAUCGUAUCAACUGUAUAAAAUAUGUAUGUUUUCUAAUAGAAUAAACUGGUGUAAAAGCAACAAAAACAAAAGCAAAAAAAAGAAACACAAGCAAGUACACUAAUUCUUUGAUUGAAGGAAGAGAGAAGAAAGAAAAGAAAGGGAAAGGAGAGAAGCAUGGUCCGUUUGUUUGAUCGAUCCUUUUUUCUCUUUAUUAUAAAUUCUGUCGGCAGAGAGAAGACUUUUUGUAGGCAUAUUACAGGGCUAAGUUAGCUUAAUAAACAUUAAGCGAGCUAUUAAUGUUGGUAUUGAUCUCUAAUAAAACAGUACUAAAGUAAAAGAGAA